GCGAAGGCACAGUUACGGGAGAAUUACAUAACGGAUGGAUAGACGUAACGUGGGAUCAUGGUGGAUCGAAUUCAUAUAGAAUGGGUGCCGAAGGAAAGUACGAUCUCAGAUUAGUCGGCGCUGGUCUUACAGAUACGGAUAGCACGGCAAAAUGUAAGAGCGGCGGAGGAGUUUUAACGGGUCGAAAAUCAAACAGCACUCCUAGCUUACCCGAUUGCACCGAUACCGUUAUGCGUGGCUCGGUAGCUUCCACGGAUCAAGCUGCGAGUGCAGAUAAUCUAGCGGCAAAGCAAGCUGCCGAGUCGAUAGCCGAGAGUGUGUUAUCGGUAGCCCGAGCGGAAGCAGUGGUUGCCGUAACUGGUGAGAGCGGAGCAAACUCGACGAGCGAACUUUCAGUUGUAUUGCAUCCCAGACCAGAUACGACUGUUACUAGCGACCUAGCUACUAUCGUCGAGAGCCUCACCCUCAAUACGGACUGUCCCGUUAAUAGCACUAGUAAUCGAGCGUCCAGCUCGAAACCACUUUUCGCCACUGUGCGUGGAAAUAAGGCUAGUGGAGGCUUACUGAGUUUGGAAACUGCUGAAGUUCUAGACCGUAUGAGAGAGGGUGCUGACAGAUUGCGCAACAAUACUAACAGUUUUCUGAGUGGUGAGCUACUUGGUUUAGUUCCCGUUCGAAUCAGCGUUUCCGGCGAGUCAGAUGAAAACUCAUUAAGGAUUAAAUCUGUACCGAGACAUCAUCCUACUGGGAUUGCGGACG